AUGACGACCAUUUCCUUGGCCCCUCCCCCGCCUUCCGGCCCCAGCCCCUCCCCGGCCCCGGCCCCGGCCGCUGCCAACAACAGCCUCAAGAUCCCGGUGCGUCCCAAGUUCAACUCGCACAUCACCUCAGAUCGUCUGCGCGAGGGCGCCGGUCUGCGCCUGCCGCCCUUUGCCGUCCGCGCCAGCAACAUCCGAAAGGGACGCACCUCUGUGUUCCACGAGAUGGGCCUCGAGGAUGACCCCCCCGCCUUUGGCGACGACACCUACCUCGUCGUCCGCGACCACCAUGCGAAGGCGAACGACGAUGGUGACGACGAUGCCACCUCAUCUACGACGGGAAACCGAAGCGUCAGCAACCCUCAGCAACAGACUUCGCGGCCAUGGUACGCCAAGUUGGCAACGCGACCGGCCUUGGUCAAGCGAUCCUCCAGCCAGGGACCCCUCGCUAUUCCGGCCGUCAACGUUGUCAGCCCCGACUCGCAAUAA